CCAGUGUGAAGUACUGUAGUGGUUAGAGUGUUGGCAGACCAGGGUUCAAAUCCCCACUCAGCCAUGAAGUGGGUGACCUCAGGCCAGUCACUCGCCUACCUCACAGGGUUGUUGUGUGAGGGUAAAACAGGGAGAACUGCACACACCACCUUGAGCUCCUCGGAGGGAAGGUGGAAUAGUAGUAACAAGCAAUUGCAACGCCUGGGCAGCAAUGCUAACCCUAUCUUGCCUUGAUCCUUCCUCGCUGCAGAAAAGCCCCAAGGGUCUUGUGGAAAGUGCUGGGUGUCAGCCCCAUUAAAACCUAUGGCGGCUUCCUUCCGAGUAAACACGCCUGGCAGCAUCGGGCUGUGCUCUGUGGCUGCCAUCCUAAUACCCCACCCCCUUACCUGGGCAUUAUUAUGGGGCCUCAGUGCGCGACUUGCACACUGAGGAGACCCGUCCGGGCUCGCCCUCUUUCGCUCGAGAGCGGCCGCGCUUUUUUCCUGUCCCCGGGCAGAGCCAGGGGGCGCCGGCGGGGCGGCCGAGCUUCCCUGUCAGGAGACUCCGGCCUAGCGAGGGAGGCCGGGCUCCGUCCCCGCCUUCUUUCCCUCAGCGCGCUGCGCGUUCAGGCCGUCCAAGGCGGGGGUGGGAAGAAGGGCCUCGGCUGGGAGCAAAGCAGCCAUGUGGCGAGAGGACGACGCCGGCUCCUCCGGGCAGCGGCGGCGGCCGUGGCGGGUUGAAGAGGUUUCGCCGACGCCUCCCGCAGCCAUCGCGUUCCCAGAGGACAGCGAUGGAGGGACGGAGCUGCCCUUCGACGAUUCUGAUUGGCCUGCAGAGCUUCGAGGUGCAAACGGUUCUCAAAAGUUAAUGAACAUUACAACUUCGUUUGCGAACCAGCUCCUGCUCGUUUCACUGCUAGAGCAUCUUUGCCAUGUGUAUGCACAAGAUCCAGCACGUUCAAGACGUUUGUUUCAAUUACUGUGUAAGACAUUUACUGGAAUGCACUUGCUAUCUGAUUUUGCUGUCCGCGAAGAAUUCAGUAGUUUGCGCCUGCAGCACAAUCGAGCCAUUACUGAAUUGAUGAAAGCAGCCAACCAACAAAUACUCAAUGAGGAGUUCGGGAAGAGUGAUUCUUACACAAACAGGGAAAAUGAAAUUAUCUUUGAAGCACAGACUUCUCGCUAUAUCAAUGAAUUUGAUGAGAUUACAAGGCUAGGAAAAGGAGGGUACGGCACUGUAUACAAGGUCCGAAACAAGCUAGACGGUCAGUUCUACGCAAUUAAGAAAAUUCUUAUCAAGAAGGCUACCAAAAUAGAUUGUAUGAAGGUGUUGCGGGAAGUUAAAGUGUUGGCUGGGUUGCAGCACCCUAAUAUUGUGGGAUAUCACACUGCUUGGAUGGAACAUGUUCAACCAGCAAGCCCAAAAGGUGAGACAACUUUGAAUUUACUAUCCCUCAAAAUGUCUUCUGGGCAGAGUUCUGAAGAUCAGUACAGCGUUCAGGAUAUGGAAGACAGCAGUUCCAUUGUCUUUGCUGAAUCUUCCGGUGGCAGAGACCGUAAAGGAAAUAAAAUGGAUGCAUGUGCGCUACCUGUUGAAUUGUCCGAGAGCAGCUGCAUGAAUAACACAGUCGAUGGAUCAAGAGAUAAUGAAAAUCAUCCAUCAAUUGUAUCUCCUUGCAAUCAUGCUAGCCUUGGCAGUGUUAGUACAAAUGAUUCUUGCACUGAUGAAGAAUACUCCCAGAAGGGGAUAUCUGUGCGGCAUCAGUGUCAGAUAGAGUAUCACCUUAUGCUUCACAUACAGAUGCAGCUGUGUGAAAUUUCAUUGUGGGACUGGAUUGCUGACAGAAACAAAGUAUGUUUGAAAACAGAGGAUGCUUCUAGUCCUUAUCACCAUGUGGACAACCAGUGGACAUUAAAGAUCUUCCAAGAACUACUUGAGGGAGUGUAUUAUAUCCACAGUAUGGGAGUCAUGCACCGGGACAUUAAACCCAGAAAUAUCUUUCUACAAGGACCUGACCACCAUGUGAAAAUAGGAGAUUUUGGACUGGCCUGUAGAGAUAUUAUACAAGAAGAUACAACCCAGUUGCUAAAUGCAAAUAAGAUAAAUGAUCUAAUACAUACUUCUGGGGUGGGUACUUGCCUGUAUGCCUCACCUGAACAGCUACAAGGCUCUCACUAUGACUUCAAGUCAGAUAUGUACAGUUUAGGUGUGAUCCUGUUAGAACUCUUCCAUCCAUUUGGAACAGAAAUGGAAAGAACUGAAGUUUUGAUGGGCUUAAGAAGUGGCAAGAUCCCCCUCUCCUUUAGCAGGAAAUGGCCUAUACAAACUAAAUACAUUAAGCUGCUUACCAGUUCGGUAUCAUCGCACAGACCAACUGCAGGUCAACUUCUUGAAAGUGAACUCUUCCAUAAUUCAGCAAAUGUUAUUUACAAUCUUCAGCAGAAAGUGAUGCAACAACAAGAAGAAAUUAAGUUGCUUAAAGAAAAAAUCAAGCUAUUGCAAGAGAAAGAUGAGAGAGAUAGAAUUCAGCAACUUGGCUCUCCUGUUUAAGUAGAAAAACAAAACCAAGUAUUUAUAUCAUGUUAUGCAAGAUACAUUGUUUUUAUAUAAAAUUGCUUAAAGCA